UGCGCGACUGUUUGUGUGGUGUGGUGGUUCUUGUUGAGAGAUUUGAAAAGCAAUUUUGUACCAACCGGGACGUUUACAUUUAUCUCUCCAUGUCAACAGAGGGCCCUGAGAAGGUUGGGGAGGAGGGUGCGGGGGCCGGAGCAGGUCCAGGAGCUGGGGGGACUAGGUUCGACCUGGAAAAGGAGACAGAGCUAAGGUUUGAGGUGGAAGCCGGGGAGCGCGUGCAGUUGGAGCUGCUCACAGGAUUGGCUGAGGUUUUUGGGUCAGAACUAAACCGUAACAAGAAAUACACUUUUGGACCAGGCUCCAAGAUUGCUGUAUUUACAUGGCAGGGAUGCAGUGUCUCACUCUCAGGAAAGACUGAGGUGGCUUACGUUUCACGUGACACCCCCAUGCUGUUAUACCUCAACACACAUGCAGCCUUGGAGCAGAUGAGAAGACAAGCCGAGAGAGACAACGAGAGGGGGCCGAGGGUGAUGGUGGUGGGGCCUACAGACGUGGGGAAGUCCACGGUGUGUCGUCUGCUGCUGAGCUACGCUGUGAGACUGGGCAGGAGGCCCACGCUGGUGGAGCUGGACGUGGGGCAGAGCGGGGUGUCUGUCCCAGGGACCAUGGCAGCACUGUGCAUCGAGCGGCCAGCAGACGUAGAGGAGGGCUUCUCAGUCCAGGCUCCCCUGGUCUUCCACUUCGGUUCCACAAGCCCUGGGACCAACAUCAAACUCUACAAUAAGCUGACGUCGUGUCUGGCCGAGGUGUUCUCUCAGAGGUGUGAGGUGAACCGGAAGGCCAGCGUCGGGGGCUGCAUCAUCAACACCUGCGGCUGGGUCAAGGGCUCGGGGUAUCAGGCCCUGGUCCACUGUGCCUCGGCCUUCGAAGUGGACGUGGUCCUGGUUCUGGACCAGGAGAGGCUCUACAACGAGCUCAAACGCGACCUCCCGCACUUUGUCCGCGUGGUCCUCCUGCCCAAGUCGGGCGGCGUGGUGGAGCGCUCCAAGGAGUGCCGGCGCGAGACCCGGGACGAGAAGAUCCGCGAGUACUUCUACGGCUUCCGCGGCGUCUCCUUCUACCCCCACGCCUUCGACGUGCGCUUCUCCGACGUGCGCAUCUACAAGAUCGGCGCGCCGUCCAUCCCGGACUCCUGCUUGCCCCUGGGGAUGUCGCAGGACGACACGCAGCUGAAGCUGGUGCCCGUGACGCCGGGUCGCGACCUCACGCACCACGUGCUGAGCGUGAGCUGCGCCGACGACGGGGGGGAGGAGGGGGCCGGGGGGGCGCGGCGGGGCGUGCUGGAGAGCCCGGUGUGCGGGUUCAUCGUGGUGACGGCGGUGGACACGCAGGCACAGGUGAUGACCGUGCUGUCGCCGGCGCCGAGACCCCUCCCCCGGCACACGCUGCUCAUCAUGGACAUCCGCUUCAUCGACCUGAAAUAGAGGACGAGGAAAGGUCCGAGAAUGGGCAUCAUGCGGGGCCCUCGGCUUGGUGAUUUCAAUGGUAAUUGAGAUAUGGGAAGAAACUGAAUUGAGUUUGGAAGUUGAGGGAUGAGGACAGUUUCCGUUGAUAUCCUUGCUUCAUUUUAGUCAUUGCAGUUUACGGACUUCCUAACAGUUUUUGUCCGAACGUUGUACUCUUAACUGUUGUACUCAUUCACGGUGUACAUUUACUUCAUGCACAUCUGUUUGAAAAGAUUGUAUUUGUAAAGAAUAAACUUUUUAAUAA